GCGCCGCCGCCGCCGCCGCGGGCGCCCAGUUCCUGCUUCGGCUGACCGGCCGCUGCGCCCGCUCCUCCGCCGGGGAAGGGAAGCCAUGGCUGAUUACUGGAAAUCUCAGCCCAAGAAAUUCUGUGAUUAUUGCAAGUGCUGGAUAGCAGAUAACAAACCGAGCGUCGAUUUCCACGAGAGAGGAAAGAACCACAAGGAAAAUGUGGCGAAGAAAAUUAGCGAGAUUAAGCAGAAAAGUCUGGACAAAGCGAAAGAGGAUGCAAAAAUGGCAAAGGAGUUUGCAGCCAUGGAGGAAGCGGCCACAAAGGCCUACCAGGAAGAUUUGAAAAGGCUCGGACUGAAGGCAGAACCUGUAGGACAGCCUUCCUUGCCGAUAAAACAGGAAGAAAAGGAGAAAAGAGAGAAAAGAGAAAAAGAGAAAGAAAAAGAGAGAAGAGAAAAGAGGGAAAAAGAAAAGAAGGAAAAAGAAAAGAAGGAAAAAGAAAAGAGGGAAAAAGAAAAGAGAGAAAAAGAAAAGAAGGAAAAAGAAAGGAAGGAAAAAGAAAAAGAAAAGGAAAAGCAAACCAAGGGAGUUUCAUCCAGUGAAACACAGGAAUGGGUGCGAGGAUUGUCUCCGGAAGGUUACAUCUAUUAUUACAACAUGAAAUCUGGAGAAUCACAGUGGGAGAAGCCAGAAGGAUUUCAGGACACCACUCGGAAUUCUGAAACGGAAGCGGUUUGGAUCGAAGGGACAGAUGAUGAUGGUAACACCUAUUACUACAACACGGAGACUGGAGUAUCGACGUGGGAGAAGCCUGAAGGUUUCGUAUCUUUUUCAAUAAAGAGCGAUCCAGAUGAAAACUCCUCUGACGAGGCCAGCGAAAACGAAUCUCCAGAGAGGAAGACCGACAGCGAUGAAGAAAAGCCUUACAAACCCAAAAAGAUCAGCCCUUACGGAGAGUGGCAGGCGGUGAACCCUGAGUGGGAGGAGGUGAAACACGAGCGCAAGAAGAGCUCAUCUGCUCCACCAGAAACCUCCUCCUCCUCCUCGUCUCGGAAGCCCGUCUCCUUCGGCAAAUGGGAGGAAAUCACGGAAGAAGAUGGAUACGAGAAGGUCGACCUGGAGCUCCCAAGUAAGGAGAUCAACAGCGGCCCAGUUGUGGAAAUCCCCGACGACGCCAAAGUCAUCUUCAAAGAAAAAACCGUCACUUCCCUCGGCGACGCAACGGAAGAGAAGCCGGUUUUCAGAAAGCGGAAAUUUGAAAACGGGAAAUCGCGAAACAUUCGACAGAGGCUGAGCGAUCACUAACAUCCUGGCUGCGUUGUCAAAAAUAAAAAUAAAAACACUUUUGAGGACAGGAAAAACAAAAGGACGCUGGGAAAAGUUGGACUGUUUUAAACAAUCCCUUCGCAAGACAUGAGUGUAAAAGCAAUUUUUAGAGCUCAUCGUUUUUCAAACCAUGUCUUGGGUGUAAAAUGUACAGAAUAUUUCUUCCCCCUCCACCUCCCUUCUCCCCCCCCAACAAGUGAUGUCAUUUUAGUUUGCUGGAUUUCUUUUUUCCCACCCCCUUUGUGAAGUUUGUGUAAAUAUAAUAUUUUUUAAAAGCGGGUCAAAGGCGGUUCAGCGUAGCUUACAAAACGAGCAUAUUGUCCCGAAUCCUUUUCCAAGAAAAAAAUAAACGCAGUAAAUUGCUUAA